UUGCCCUCAGUCCCGCGGGUGACAUCGCUUCCUCCCACACGCCCGUCGCAGGUAUAUAAGUCCGCCGGAAGACACACAGGUCCAUUACGCUCUCACCUCCAUUCCCGCCACCACAUCCCACCCAACACCUGCCUGCCCGACACUCCGACGGCCCGGCAACACACAGGUAUGCAGGCGGGCGUAGCGGUGACGGUGGUGGUGACUCUGCUGGUGGGGGGCGCCGCCGCCUGCUUCAUCACCAACUGUCCUCCAGGCGGGAAGAGGUCCGGAGGCAUCAUGUCCCAGCUCGGCCACGCCCGCACGUGCACGUCCUGCGGGCCGGGUCUGUUGGGCCGCUGCAUAGGACCUGACAUCUGCUGCGGCGCCAGAGUCGGUUGUUUCAUCGGGUCACGAGAAACCCGUCUGUGUCGAACUGAGAACAUGGUGCCCAUCAGGUGCAGCAACGCCGACCUGAAGCCGUGCGGAAGGAUGCAGGAGGGCCGGUGCGCCGCGGCGGGACUCUGCUGCACGGAGACCAAAUGCGAACUGGAUGACAACUGUGUGAUGGAGGAUACACGGAGCGAGGAGCUGGGCGCGGGGCAACAGCUGCGGGGCGGCGGCAGACCACCACACUUCGCCCUGCUGCCCGCCGUGUCGGACCGCUGGGAGGAGCAGUGAACCAGCCCGCCAGCCACCCAGCAGCCCUGCCCGCCCGUCCUUGGCGCAUCCCUCUCGCCUCACCAGGAAAAAGCAAAAGGAAACGCAACACACGCAAAUUUAGGAAGCUGACGUAGCCUAACAUCAAUUGAGGAUAAUGGUUAAUUGUAUUUCAAGACUAAGUAGAUGCGGAAAAUUAUUGAGCUAAAAGUCUGACGAUACUAACAAAAAACAACAAAAACACGAAAAUACAUUCAUAAGUAGAAAAGCGUAAUACUGCUACUUGAGGGCAUUGCUACUUUCUAGAACUCUAAUUGGCUAUCGGACCCCCACACUGUGCUGAGUUAAAGUUAGGAAUACCGAGGCUUCAUCCAACCACCUGCAAUGCCACGCGCUCACGUCCAUUGUUUCGUUGACUCUGUGUUCGGGACUGGAUCUCUCUCUCGUGCGUGUGGCAACGGCGUGUGAAGGCAGUCGGCGAGAGGCGAAUAAACGAACGCUAUUUA